AUGGAGAUCUCGGCGGAACGGUUGAGGCUCAGGACGAAAACCGGUUGUUUGACCUGCAGAAAAAGACGAGUAAAAUGCGAUGAAACCAAGCCGCAUUGCACUAGAUGCACAUCGACGGGUCGCAAAUGCGAUGGAUAUCCUUCGUCCUCUCCACCUCGCCAUGAUGGGCUGGUCCGAUGGUCUCUACCUUUGAUUGUCGCCCCACCGUCGGGAAACGGUAAUGCACGAGAAACCCGGGCAUUCCAAUUCUUCUACGAGCGGACUGUCCCGUCAUUAUCAGGGUACUGCGGUUCCGAGUUCUGGAACAGACUCGUACUGCAGGUCAGUCAGCAUGAGAAGUCCGUUUGGCAUGCAUUGAUCGCGUUGGGCUCGCUACACGAGAACUUUGAGAAUGACCAGCGGAUUCCUGGGCUGUGGUUCUCGCGGAGGGGAUAUGAUGACUUUGCAGUCCGAGAGUAUCUCCUAGCGAUUAGGGCUCUUAUAGGGCCCAGGAGGACUCUGGAUCACGGGACGAGCGGGUCGUCGCCGGCCGAGCCUCUGACAGUAGAUGUGUACUUGAUAUCAUGCAUUCUGUUUGCCUGUUUCGAGGUCCUGUCAAGCCACUACGACUCCGCCAUCAGCCACAUCCGUGCCGGGAUUAAGAUCAUGAGCGAGACAAACUAUGACCGCGCGUCGGGCACGUUUUGCCAUCCGUAUCUGCGACCAUCUACAGUCACUGGCCUGGAGAUUGGCACGCUGCGGAAGAUGCUUAUCCAACUUCAAGAUCAAGUUUUUACACUGACACGCGAGGGUAUAGACGACGACUAG